AUGGCACACGUACAAUUGGGAGGUACUAGAUGGGAAGUGCCACUAGGAAGAAGGGAUGCGAGGACUGCAAAUAGAAACGAAGCAGAUAAUCUACCAUCUCCAUUCUCAGAUCUUCAAGUUCUCAUAAAGAAUUUUACUGAUAAAGGAUUUACGGCUAAAGAAAUGGUAGUUCUAUCAGGAGCUCAUUCUGUUGGUGUGGCACGCUGUUCAUUAUUUCGCAACCAUUUGUACAACGGAACAAAUGUUGAACUAACUGCUGCAAAUGACAGAAAAUCUAAAUGUCCUUCCGCUGGCGGAGACGAUAAUUUAUCUAAUUUGGAUCAUCAAAGUCCAAACCGUUUCGGUAACAAUUAUUAUCAAGCACUUAUUAAGAGGAGGGGUUUGAUGCAUUCUGAUCAAGAACUUUUUAAUGGUGGUUCUACUGAUGAUUUCGUGAAGACAUACAGUCAGGAUUCUCAAGCUUUCUUUGCCGACUUCGGGAAUGCAAUGAUUAAAUUGGGUAACUUGAAUACUCUUACACGAAAGAAAGCCGACUUCGGGAAUGCAAUGAUUAAAUUGGGUAACUUGAAUACUCUUACACGAAACAAGGGUGAGAUCAGAACAAAUUGUAGAAAAAUAAACUAA